GGUGGGGCCAAGAUGGCGGCGCUGCGUUCGGCCCGGGCGGGGGGCGGUGGGCGCCGGGGGGCGGUGGGGCGCUGACCCCGCCCCCUGCUGCUGCUGCCAGUCUGCACCGGGCGGCGGCGGCUGUGGAACCUGAAACAUGGCGGCAACGCGCAGCUUCGGGCCCGAGCGGGAGGCCGAGCCGGUCAAGCAAGCGCGCGUCGUGGGCUCCGAGCUCGUGGACACUUACACGGUUUAUAUCAUCCAGGUCACUGAUGGCAACCACGAGUGGACAGUCAAGCACCGUUAUAGCAAUUUCCAUGACCUGCACGAAAAGCUUGUUGCAGAGAGGAAGAUUGAUAAAAAUCUGCUACCACCCAAAAAGAUCAUUGGGAAAAACUCAAGAAGCUUGGUGGAGAAGAGGGAGAAGGAUCUGGAGGUCUACCUCCAGACACUCCUGGCCACCUUCCCCAGUGUGGCCCCCAGAGUGCUGGCCCAUUUCUUGCAUUUUCACUUCUAUGAGGUAAAUGGCAUCACUGCAGCGCUGGCUGAGGAGCUCUUUGACAAAGGAGAGCAGCUUCUGGGGGCCGGCGAGGUCUUCGUCAUUGGGCCAUUGCAGCUCUAUGCAGUCACUGAGCAGCUGCAGCAGGGGAAACCCACAUGCGCCAGUGGAGACGCCAAGACUGACCUUGGGCACAUUCUGGACUUCACUUGUCGCCUUAAAUACCUUAAGGUUUCUGGCACAGAAGGACCUUUUGGGACCAGCAACAUUCAGGAGCAGCUCCUGCCUUUCGAUCUGUCGAUAUUCAAAUCUCUUCUCCAGGUGGAGAUAAGUCACUGUGAUGCUAAGCACAUCCGAGGGCUGGUUGCGUCAAAGCCCACCUUAGCCACUAUGAGCGUCCGCUUCUCAGCAACCUCAAUGAAGGAAGUCCUUGUUCCUGAAGCAUCGGAAUUUGAUGAGUGGGAACCUGAAGGCACAGCCCUGGAAUGCCCUGUGACUGCUGUCAUUCCCACAUGGCAGACACUGACCACUCUGGACCUAAGCCACAACAGCAUCUCCAAGAUCGACGAGUCUGUGAAACUGAUUCCAAAGAUUGAAUUCCUGGAUCUGAGCCACAAUGACGUGCUGGUCGUGGACAAUCUGCAGCACCUGUACAACCUCAUCCACCUGGACCUGUCCUACAACAAACUGUCAUCCUUGGAAGGGGUUCAUACCAAACUAGGCAACAUCAAGACCCUGAACCUGGCAGGCAACCUCCUGGACAGCUUGAGUGGCCUCCACAAGCUCUACUCUCUGGUCAACCUGGAUCUCAGCGACAACAGAAUCGAACAGAUGGAGGAGGUCAGGAGCAUAGGCAGCCUCCCGUGUCUGGAGCAUGUGUCCCUGCUGAACAACCCUCUGAGCAUCAUCCCUGACUACCGGACCAAAGUGCUCGCCCAGUUCGGGGAGCGGGCCUCCGAGGUGUGUCUGGACAAUACAGUGACCACAGAGAAGGAACUGGACACCGUGGAAGUGCUGAAAGCAAUUCAGAAAGCCAAGGAGGUCAAGUCCAAACUGAGCAACUCAGAUAAGAAGGUCAGCGAGGACUCCCGGCUCUCAGCUGCCCUCUGUGUCAAACCCAGCAGCUCCCCCCCGACCAUGGCUCCCACCUCUGCCUCCUUGCCUCAGCCCAUCCUCUCCAACCAAGGAAUCAUGUUCGUGCAAGAGGAGGCCCUGGCCAGCAGCCUCUCAUCCACUGACAGUCUGACUCCUGAGGACCGGCCCAUUGCCCGGGGCUGCUCCGACUCCCUGGAAUCCAUCCCUGCAGGACAGGCAGCUCCUGAAGAUAUAAGGGAUGUUCCAGGAGCUGUUGGUGGCGCAAGCCUGGAGCAUGCAGAGCCAGAGGUCCAGGUGGUGCCAGGGUCCGGCCAGAUCAUCUUCCUGCCCUUCACCUGCAUUGGCUACACAGCCACCAACCAGGACUUCAUCCAGCGGCUGAGCACGCUGAUCAGGCAGGCAAUUGAGCGGCAGCUGCCGGCCUGGAUUGAGGCCGCAAACCAGCGGGAGGAAGGCCAGGGGGAGGAGGAGGAGGAUGCUGCUGAGAACCGAUACUUUGAAAUGGGACCCCCAGACAUGGAGGAAGAGGAGGAGGGUGGCCGAGUGGAGGAAGAAGAGGAAGAUGAGGGCGAAGAAGAGCGACUGGCCCUGGAAUGGGCCCUGGGUGCCGACGAGGACUUUUUGCUGGAGCACAUCCGCAUCCUCAAGGUGCUGUGGUGCUUCUUGAUCCACGUGCAGGGCAGCAUCCGGCAGUUUGCUGCCUGCCUGGUGCUGACCGAUUUCGGCAUCGCCGUCUUUGAGAUCCCGCACCAGGAGUCUCGUGGCAGCAGCCAGCACAUCCUCUCAGCCUUACGUUUCGUCUUCUGCUUCCCACAUGGCGACCUCACUGAGUUCGGCUUCCUCAUGCCUGAGCUGUGUCUGGUGCUGAAGGUGCGGCACAGUGAGAACACGCUGUUCAUCAUCUCUGACGCUGCCAACCUGCACGAGUUCCAUGCAGACCUGCGCUCGUGCUUUGCCCCACAGCACAUGGCCAUGCUGUGCAGUCCCGUGCUUUAUGGCAGCCACACCAGCCUGCAGGAGUUCCUGCGUCAGCUGCUCACUUUCUACAAGGUGGCGGGUGGCUGCCAGGAGUGCAGCCAGGGUUGCUUCCCUGUCUACCUGGUCUACAGCGAUAAGCGCAUGGUGCAGACAGCUGCUGGUGACUACUCGGGCAACAUCGAGUGGGCCAGCUGCACACUGUGUUCCGCCGUGCGCCGUUCCUGCUGUGCACCCUCGGAGGCUGUCAAGUCCGCCGCCAUCCCCUACUGGCUGCUGCUCACACCCCAGCACCUCAACGUCAUCAAGGCCGACUUCAACCCCAUGCCCAACCGAGGCACCCACAACUGCCGCAACCGCAACAGCUUCAAGCUCAGCCGCGUGCCACUCUCCACCGUGCUGCUGGAUCCCACACGCAGCUGCACUCAGCCACGUGGUGCCUUCGCCGAUGGCCACGUGCUUGAGCUGCUCGUGGGCUACCGUUUUGUCACUGCUAUCUUUGUGCUGCCCCAUGAGAAGUUCCACUUCCUGCGCAUCUACAACCAGCUGCGGGCCUCACUGCAGGACCUGAAGACCGUGGUCAUCGCCAAGACUCCAACAACUGUUGGCAGGUCCUGCAGCCCCACUGAGGACAAUCAACCUGCUGAGGACAGGGACCGGGCCAGCAAUGACCAGCGCCCUGCACUGGUUCCGUCAGAGGCCCUAGGUCCAGUGGAGGCUUCAGCACUUGCUCCAGUGGAAGCUGAGGCCCCUGCACUGGCUCCAGUGAAAGCUGAGGCUCCAUUUCUGGUCUCAGUAGAGACCUCAGAGGAGGACUUGGCCCCAGUGCAGGACUCAGCGGAAGUGCAAGCAGAGGCGCCUUCCCAGUAUCCAAGCGACCACCUGAUCCAGUCCACCACGGAGGAGAAUGAGAUCCCGUCACACCUGCCUGUCUGCCCGUCACUCCAGCACAUUGGCAGCCUGCGGGGAAGCGCCAUCAUUGAGUUCUUCCACGGCAGUAUUGCUGAGGUGGAGAACGAGGAGCUGAGGCACCUCAUGUGGUCCUCCGUGGUGUUCUACCAGACGCCCGGGCUGGAGGUCACCGCCUGCGUGCUGCUUUCCACCAAGGCCGUGUACUUGGUGCUGCACGAUGGUCUGCGCCGAUACUUCUCAGAACCGCUGCAGGAUUUCUGGCAUCAGAAAAACACCGACUAUAACAACAGUCCUUUCCACAUCUCCCAGUGCUUUGUCUUAAAACUCAGCGACUUGCAGUCAGUCAACGUCGGGCUUUUUGACCAGUAUUUCCGGCUGACUGGCUCCUCCCCGGUGCAGGUGGUGACGUGUUUGACGCGGGACAGCUACCUGACACACUGCUUUCUCCAGCACCUCAUGGCUGUGCUCUCCUCACUGGAGCGCACACCGUCACCAGAACCUGUUGACAAGGACUUCUAUUCUGAGUUUGGGAACAAGAGCACAGGAAAGAUGGAGAACUACGAGCUAAUACACUCGAGUCGUGUCAAGUUCACCUACCCCAGUGAAGAGGAGAUCGGGGAUCUGACAUUCAUCGUGGCCCAGAAAGUGGCUGCCACGGAGCAGGCCCCGGCCCUUAGCAUCCUGCUAUAUGUGCAGGCCUUCCAGGUGGGCACCCCACCCCCCGGGCGCUGUAGGGGCAUGCUGCGCCCCAAGACACUCCUACUCACCAGCGCUGAGAUCUUUCUCCUGGAUGAGGACUAUGUCCACUACCCACUUCCCGAGUUCGCCAAAGAGCCACCACAGAGAGACAGGUACCGGUUAGACGACGGCCGCCGUGUCCGGGACCUGGACCGUGUCCUCAUGGGUUACCAGACCUACCCACAGGCCCUCACCCUUGUCUUUGAUGAUGUGCAGGGCCACGACCUCAUGGGUAAUGUCACCCUGAACCACUUUGGGGAGGUGCCAGGGACCCUGGCCAAAGCUGGCCAGGGCCAUGAGGUCCAGUGGCAAGUGUUUGUCCCCAGCGCUGAGAGCCGUGAGAAGCUCAUCUCCCUGUUGGCCCGCCAGUGGGAGGCCCUGUGUGGCCGGGAGCUGCCCGUGGAGCUCACUGGCUAG